AUGGCACGCACAAAGUCAACCCCAAAGCGCGCCCCCGACUUCGCUCCAACCAUCAACACCGAAAUCCUCCACCGCGCGGCCAACAACCCCAACCAACCUUACGAGCCCCUACAGCCGGCCAGGCUCGGGGAGGUCCAAAUCCAGCCCGAGUGGACCUCAGCCAUGAUCGCCCAGGCGCAGGCAGCUAAGAAGGAUCAAGAUCUCCGCAAGGCGCAAGACUUCAUCACCGUUGCGAUUGUGGACCGCAGCGCAGUCAGCAACAGCGACGUCAAAUGGGCCAUGAACAUUGGUUGCCUUUUGAAGGCGGAGGUUGUGGGGGGAGCUUUGGGUGUGCCUGCUGUUCAAAACCAGGCAGUCAGGGCGCCGUUAACGAGGGAGAAUCUGGCCGCGUUCUUGGGGGAGGAUUGGGAGAGCGACAAGCUCAGUGAUCUCGAGGAGUUCAGUGCUUUGAAUCCGGAGAGGGAGCAGGAGAUUUUGAAAGGCGGGGUCGUGGUCUUUUGCAUGGCUCUGUAUUUGCGUCACAUGCAGGGUGCUGAGACGACUUGA